GUUGGCGGUUCCGCGUGGGAAACCGAAAGGACACACGCAGCACGGAAACGCGGAGCAGCAAGGCGCCAAGCAUUCCGGGGAGCCGACGAAAACAGAGCCGACUCGGAACCAUAGAGCAACGGAAAGAGCUCCGGGCUCCACACGGCUCUCCACGCGACGUGAUGUAAGAGUGAAUUUCGAGGAGCCGUCCUUGGAGUUUUGGGGCAAUGGUUCCCUGGAUGCAUCGUCGUCUUCGGGCACCGUUCGACUUGCGCCGCAGCGUAUGCAGGAUCCGCUGUCUGUCGGGUUUAUGGAGGAAGCUCAAGAGCAACAGCAAGAGUCUUCGCACCCAAAACGGUGCCAUGGAGGUAGUCUACGAAGGAUGGCUCGUGAAAUCGCCGCCGGAGCGAAGGAUCCGACGUGCGAAAUGGAGGCGACGCUGGUUUGUCCUGCGACCAUCUGGCCAAGUUCCACAGCAAUAUGUCCUGGAGUACUACACAGACCAGACCUACAGGAAACUAAAAGGCACCAUUGACCUUGACCAGUGUGAUCAGGUUGACGCUGAGCUGGAGGUGGUGACAAAGUCCAAGUUCAUGUUUGACAUCAAGACGUCAAAGCGGACAUACUAUCUCGUCGCCGAUUCUGAAGCCAUCAUGAACAAGUGGGUCGACUGCAUUUGCAAGGUGUGCGGCCUACGCAUGCGGGUCGAAACAGAGGGAGGCUCGGAAGAAACACAAGCUGAGGCAUCAUCAGAACCCGCCAAGCAGUCUUUGCCAAGUGACGAAAGUCCAAUACCUGCUGAGCCCGCACCACCGUCUCUCUCCACAGCUGCGGAGCAUCCAAGCAGCCUUUCAAAUGAUGACUCCAAUCCCUAUAUUCCUAUCAGCGAAUGCAUCACCGGAAAGCCUGUUGGCAACGGACUCCCGCGGUCGUGUCCCGAAUCGAAACUGGUCGACUUUUACGACACCCCGCGUUGCAGCACGGGGCGAACGUCUCCAGACCCCGUUAUGGACGCCAUGUGCCGAAUGCCACGACCUCCGGAGAAGCCAGUGCGGGAGCUGAGCGGUGCCAGUCUUCUCGACUCGACCGUGCCAGCUCCCAAAGUCAACUGGAACACAUAUCCAGAAGAUUCUCCAGCGCCGGGAAUGCCCGCUAGUGGUCAAGCGCUCAACUACGACCCCGUGCCUCCACUGCGACCUACAAGCAGUCGAGAGGACGUCGUUGAGCCGGCCACUUCUCAGAGCAGUAAUGUGUACAACGGGGACACCCUUGGCAGGGCUGGCCUUACCCUGCGUAAAGCGGGUCGUGCUGGAAUGUCCGUGCCUCCUGCACCACUUACCAGGCAGAAUGCCACCGAAGAAUCCUACGACCGGCCACCCGCGGCUCGACCCUCUUCUGCCUGCAAUAACGCAGGCAGUACGGCGGACAUCACAGGCGACGAAGUCAUACCUCCCCGCCCACCAAAACCCGCAAACAUCCGGAUCCGUCCGGUGGCCAGCGGUUACGACGUGCCUCCACCGCCCUCGCAGCAGCCGCGAAUGCCACAGCAAGACUCGUACGACGUACCGCGCUCGGCCGGAGGAAUGCGUGACGGUUACAGCAUUCCUCCGUGCCCAGUACCUGUGUUACGACACGAGGCUUACGACGUUCCUGCGGCACCAUCCAGGGGACCGUACGAGCUGUACGACCUGCCAAGGUCUGCAGAGCCGGUGCCCAGAACGGCAUCCGGUGGCAUCCCGCUUCCUCCUCGCCUCUCGCUGGAUGAGACGUACGACUUUCCAAAGUCUGCUAUGAGUCCCGAUGGCCUGAACCUAUCGGUACCUGCACCAGCUGCGCCAGGUUCAAGGAAGCAUGCCUACUGCAAUGCUCCUGUAGGGACCUUCAACAGCAGGGAAAACAUCUUCAACUACGAGUACCGGCCGUCAUUCACAGAGUUUGUGGCAAAGGACGAUGGAGAUGCACAGCAGGCGCCGCCUGGUGCCUAUGCCAAUCUGUCGUCGAAUAGUCCGAGUACACCCAAUCUUGCCGCUGUGCCACCUGCCAUCAACCGUGGCCUCAAACCAAGAAAAGCAUCAACCGAAGGUACUUCACCAGGUGGCCACGUGUUUCCCCUGGCUCCUCCUCCGGUGAACAGAAGCCGCAGCCACACCACCUCAGGCAGGCCAAGGCAGAGAAGUAAGGGUGACUUGCUAGCUCCUGAUGAAGACUGUUGGUCAAAUGCAAGCAGUAGCCGGCGAAACUCCACAAAUGAUGACCCGGGCAUAAGGCAACCCAGUGCGGGUGCGAAGAAGAAAGGAGAGAUCCAGUACCUUGAUCUGGACUUGGACUCCGAUCCUGCACCAGCGCAGAGCCCAAGAUCUCCAGAGCAGCGCACUGGUGGAACUAGCACUGUUUACAGAACAGUAGACUUCGUCAAGACCAAGGCCUUCAACACAACGCGGCAGGACGUUGAAGAGUCCUAUCGCAGUCACAAGGAUGGUGAACCGUGCAAGUGAAGCACUAUUUUGGAGUGUAUUUGUUAAGGUGAAUUGGAGGCCGUUCCGAUCAAAGGUUGUAAAUCCCAAAAAGGAGCAGGCUGAAAAUGUGCGACGAUAUUCACAGAACAAACGCGUCUGAAUUGAAUACUGACACAUGACAGACAUUGCAGGCAAUGGGGUGUGCCAUAGAUAAACCUAGGUAUAGUUUGUUAUAAGCGUAUUGUGGUUUGGCGUCGUGCCCCAAACGUUUCCUACUCAUUUUUUUUUUCCUGUUUUGGUCGCAUUUUUAUAGUUCAACAUCAAAGCAGGGGUCGUUUUAAUAUAAAUCGUGUUUAGCUGACACCAUCCUUGCUUGCCCACUUGGCUACCUGCAUUUUGCCCAUUACAGGUUGGAGUGCAUUGAUCUUCGCAUAAUACUUACGCGCAUAUCUGAUCAUAUGCUCGAUCUCUUAUUUCAGCAAUAAUGUGUUGUAACUGUCAGUAUACUUGGCCCUGUAAAUGAAUGCAUUUGCUGUUGAGGUUGUGUUACCAUGAAGUUACCAGCCGGCCAUGAAAGAGCAUGGAGGAGGAAAAAAAAAAAUCUGUUGUGUUUUUGGUUGCUGCAUUUUUUUUCUUGCUUAGAAAAGAGGUUGCAUAGCCAUGUUUACAGCAGAGACUUCGCGAGUACGUUAAACUCUAAAAAUUUAUCGAGUUUGUUUAUAUUUAUUUGAAAGUUUCCCUGCAUGUUUAUACACAUAUUACGGAUGCCAUCAACUGCUGCAAAGCAGCUUGUACAUAGUACGACCUCUGUUAGGGCAAUUGUACAGCCGUUUUCUCCCGCAAAUCUGCAAGGCUGGUUUGUCAAGUCACAUAUCUUUUACACGUGACUACGUUGUCGUUGCCACUAAGAACACAUUUAGCAUCUUCAUUCUCGUGUUGGCUUUAUGUGAUACUUGCUACCAUGUUCAUUGUGAGCUGCAUGGCAUUGGCCACCGAUUUCGUGCUUGUGGUGUUUGUGAAUAUCCUCGGAUGUGCCUUAAAACGACGGCGGAACUUUGACUCCGAUACAAUAAUUAUGUGGCUGCUCGAGCGCAGUUUAGCACUUGUUGACAGCACUUCAAUAAAUCUUUAGAUCGAUACAAGGAGUGAUCUGAAAGUACCUGGGAACACGCUAUCCCGUCUUUACAGGUGAGAGGUCUGCCGUACUGCAUACCACUCCACUUAAAGGGCGCCUCCAGUAUGUGUAAUGAGCUAUUGUGGAAGCUUUUGUUGGUGUAAAUAACAACGUUAAUACACAUUCUGCAGUUUUUAAAUAAAAAAAUAGUGGAGACAGGCCAAAUGCUAACAAUGCAAGCAUGAAGCCACAGGUCAUAGCUGAACUUUUUAAUGGCUUAACCGAUUCGAUUCAAGGAUAACAUCUGUGGAGGAAGACGUAUAUUUUGGACACCUUUUAGCAGAGGCACUUGAUGCAGACAUGGUGAGAGUUUUUGAAAGAAUUCACGAACGUUGCCAUUUAACUUCUUGCGAGCUUGCGGUUGUUCUUAUCACGUGAAACCUGCCAUGGAACUUUCAUAAGUGAAUUGGGAAUACACCAGAAUCGUAGCAGAACUUAAACCCUGCCUCACGAUUACUGAAGAAUAGGAGCGAUUUCAGUUGUGCAUGCAACAUAGGCAUCUCGCAGGAUAAAGCGAAACAUUAUCAGCGUACCACUGCAAGAGCAUAUGAUUUCUAUGCUCAUUUCUAUGCUAAGAAAAAGAAAAACAAACAAAACUUACAGACAUUACUCAUAGUAGGAGCACCUUAUAAGUAUGGAGAAGCGUUUUUCCAGGUACUUUGGGGGUCACUGCUUGCAUAGUUUUAAUAAAUGCAGAGAUUAGCUUUCUGCAGGAAUAUUUUAUUUUUGACCAAAAAUGCACUGGAACUUGUGCAUUCAAUGCUCGUGUUUCGAACAAGGUUCAUUUGGCUUGCGGCAUUAUAUACCUCAUGGCUGUGGUACCUUGGAUAGUGUACAAAACUCUGACUGCACUUUUUGGAAGACCUGCAGUUGCUAUAUUUACUUACAGCUUUUUCCAAUGUUGCUGUUACUGUCAUGUCCUUACAGAGCCCCCCCCCCUCUUGUGGAAAUACUAUAUACAUUACUGCUGCUUGGUCGGAUGUUUGUACAAACUAUGAACAAAUGUUCUUCAGGAUAUAGUAAUAAAGAUUUGAUUAUCAUCACAA